UCCAUUAGAGGGGGAGGAAUGAGAAGAGGGUACUGCUACAUGUGAAGGUGUGGGGUGGGUUGGAGGUCUUGGGGAAGGUGAGGGGGUCUUCUGAGUGCUGGUUGUAGCUGGAGGAUGGUCAGAGAGUCCGGGUGGAGGAGGGAGGGAGCCUGCCCCACUAGGACCCUCAGUGCCACUGGCAGCUGUGUCCUCCCCUGUCUGGCCAGGUUUCUCAACUGCUGGGGGCACAGUGGCAGUGUCUGAGGAUAUGCCACCUGAGCUUUGGGCGACUGCUUCCGUCUCGGCCAUGGAUGAAUUUUUCCUGUAAGAUAUAGGUGUAAUACUUCCGUGUACCCCUAUUAGGUGAGUGGCAGUGCAACACAGCACGAGCAGGGAGCGUUUCCUUCCACGGUAGCCGGCAGAGAAGACAUUUACAGAACCACGGGUAAGCCGCAAAAUUUUUAGAUGAUUCCAAAAAUAUUUUGAAUUCCUCAGACCGCGAAGUGCAGAACCAACAGACACCUUUAGAACCGGAGUUCAGCCUACACCCACCGGUUUGGUAACCGCUUUUCACAGAGAGACAUGUACAACAGUAUAAAGACCUUCUCAAAACGACACACGAAAAUGCAAAAGCCCGGUGCGGGGCGUUAAUUAGAAUCGUGUACUAUUCAUCACGUUGGCGUGCACCUGUCCGUGCGGGGAUCGAGGAAGAUAAAUGCAGCGGAUCAGAAACCGUGGAAACAAAGGCGAUGGACCGCCGUUGUUCAGCUAUGAGUUCAUCAUUCAGAACCACGCCGACAUCGUGUCGUGCAUCUGCAUGGUGAUCUUCAUGCUCCUCAUCCCGCAGGCUACAAACUCCUUCGCCUCUGGACUCAUAUUCAUACACAACAACGUGACGGUCCCAGUCGAGGGUAAAGAUGCUGCAGAAAAGUCCUCAGUCCGUCUGGACAAACAGAAAGCCCUGCAAACGACCAUGUAUUACCAUGGUACCGAGGACGUAUACAAUGUGGUAUUCUACUGCCUGGUGUGGAUCAUAAUCCAUGCUCUACUGCAGGAGUACAUAUGGGAGCGGACGGUGAAGAGACUCCACCUGUCGAAAGUGAAGACCAGCAAAUACUAUGAUUCAGGGUGUCUGGUGGUGUUCUACCUGGUGUCUGUGGUGUGGGGUCUCGACAUCAUCAUUUCCAGUGGCUAUGCCACCAACCCCCCUCUCCUCUGGACCAACUACCCACACUCCCUCAUGAGUCUUUCCCUCAAGUUCUUCAUGCUCACUCAAAUGGGUUUCUGGCUGCACUGCUAUCCCGAGCUCGUCUUUAUGAAGGCAAAGAAGGACGAGAUCUACUCAAAGGUCGUUCUCUACACAUCUUCACUGCUCAUAAUCGCUGGAGCUUAUUCCAUGAUGCUGCAGCGUGUGGCAGUCGUACUGCUGGUGUUCCACUAUGCAGUUGAGUUUCUCUAUCACUUGUGUCGAAUGCUGCACUACUAUGGGAAGAGCCAGCUGGCUGAUCCUGGAUUUCAUGUGUGGCAAGCACUGUUCAUCUUGGCGAGGGUUGCCACUGUUAUCAUAGCUAUAGUAACUCUGUGGUUUGGGAUUGACGCAGCCAAGGAUGAGGCAGAGGACUUGGAGGUGGAGGUUGAGGAAGACGGGGAUGUGGAGGGAAGCAGGGGUGGUAUUGAUCUCACCCACUCUUUGUACAGGUUGGGAGGACUGGUGUUCUUGCUGGCCAUCCAGAUGUGGGUGGCGUGGGCCUUUGUCUCCUCGCAGCUCGAGAGGACACGCAAGAAGAAAAAGACCUGAGAACAUGGACUUCAUAGGCUUUGAGUAGUGCUGAAUUUGUAAAGCUGAUCAUUUUUCAAUUAUGCCUGUUAGCAUUCAGUUUCAAUUUCAAUGCUGUCAGAUGAGGGAAUGGAGUUGCCUGAGAGGGACAUCUUUUAGCCAAAGUGUUUAGGUUGAUGACAGGAGCCAGAGAUGGUCUUCCAUGAGCACAUUGGAAUGGGAGAGAGCAUUUGGCCAAUGAGUCGAUGAGUUGCCGGCACUGUCUUAGGUCCAGAUGGUCUCCAAACCUUAUGGCUCCUGCAGAACACAUCUUUCAAAUGAUGGGACUAAACUGCUCAUGGGAGUACACAAUAGCAAAGAUCCUGGGAAGAAACUAAUACUUGUUAUUAUAAUAGUCCUGCCAGCAAUAGUACCAUGGCAGGCCUGUGAGUGUAGCACUGCAGUCAGACUGGAUGGCAGUCCAGCUGAGCCUCCUCCUGUACUCAUUAGGACCUGACAAAAUACAACAUAACAGCCAAAAAUAACUCAAAUAUUUCGGUAGCCAUACAGCUACAAUCAACUGAAAUAACAGAGAACGAACUGGAAACGAGGGCAGGAAAAAGGAAUGCAUCAACAAACGACGAUUGUGAAAUGAACAAUACAUUUUUGACUAUCAUCUGUUGUAUUGUUCAUUUCACAAUCGUCAUUUGUCUGUUACAGAAGUGGCUUACCUCCAGGUAGGAUUGCACCAUCUCCUGUUCAGGGAAAGUUUGAAUUUGUUAGAGUCUAGUUUGAGGCAUACCUGGAGCAGGGCAGGGGAGCAUGUCUUCUUCUGAACGAGGACAGCUGGGACAGAGUGGGCCAGUGCCAGGCCCUCUCUCCACACCAGUGACACACCAAUGGCCUCCAAUUUGCCAGAGAAGCUGCGAGCCACUCUCUUCUGUGCAGGGGAGAGGGGGAGGGGAAGAGGAGGGACCAGACGGGCCAUUUUGACCGUUUCACCAUCACUGUACAGGUCUG